AGGUGACCUCUCCCAACUUCAGAGGGAUGCUGUUCACGAAAUCUCCAUAGCUCUAAGCCACGCCGCCGACGAGGUGAGUAGGAGAGUCCGCGUGGUGAGUUGAUCGAAGCGUCUUAAAACAAUGGCGCUUGGAGCACAAGAUGCAAUCACUGUGAUGUACAACUCGACUAUUCAUGGGCUGGAGGUCAUCAGCGAGCACGCAAAUCGCCAUUUCAUAGCGUCGCAAGACAUGAGAACUCAAGAGCUUGCCCAAGUCAAACAUCUACACGAGAUGUUGGAAGAUGCCGACCGCAAGCUUGAGAAACUGGCACCCCAGCUGGAAGCCUUCGCCAACAGUAUUAUGAUACAGCAGACUCAUGUCCAGCAGUCGGUCGAACUGGCGCGGGUUCAGACAGCCAAACACGCACAGGAGGUGCAAGAAGCACUCUCUUUUCUAAACGCGAGUCUUAGUUGUGUGGUGCUGCCCUCUUGGUCGUCCUGGGAAUCAUCGGGCACUAUGGUCCUUGACUUGCUGAGCCGCUCGCCCGCCUUGAUCAAUCGCAAUAGCUACAUUCUGCUGCCUGGAGUUCAAUUGUUCAUCUGGAUUACCUCGCAUGUUCUCCGGGCGCUGUGGAUGGGCCUAUACGGUUUCGUGAGUCGGUCUCCAUCCAAUAUUGUCCAAUAUUGCUGAAGCGUCAGAUUACGCUCCUGGCCGCCCUCUUGUGCCUCAUGUUUACUGGGGCGCUGCGCCCCGUCCUUGGUCUUGUUCAAAC